AUGCCGCUCUCAGAUUAUUUAGUGACAGACGACCUCACCAUCGUCCUGGGUGUCAUCGGGAUUUCAGUCUAUCUGCUGCAAAAUUUCUAUAAGCCGCAACCACUGGUGCACCCCAUCCUCUUGGGGCGCCAAAGUGACGUGGGUCGUGUAAGACAUCCUGGAGAGAGCCCCGUAUACCGAAACUAUUCGACAGGACUCAUGGGGAGUUUUCCUAUCAGGCCUGACAAGGACGUCAAUGUCGUGAAUGACAUGGUGCGCCCUCAGUUUGAGGCCCGUCGGACGCUUUGGUCCACCAAGAUCACGAAUGCUCAGCUGAAUGAACGAGUAAAUACCUUUGGUAUUGGUAUUUCUCGCAUUCUUCAGGAAGACUCCAAUGUCCUGCUUCUCCUGAACGACGGUAUCGAGUUCCUCAUUGCUGACCUCGCACUCGCUAAGCACUCAAUUGCUUCAAUGACACUGUGUUCAUUAAAACUUUUGUCUCGCGUUCUGGAGAUGCACCCGCCCACCGCUAUUAUCGUCGACGCGGACUUUGUCCCUCUUCUUCUUGAGCUGAUCUACGACGCGCGGGAAUAUGAUCAUAAAAUCAUAGUCGUUGGGAAAUACGAAAGGCAAAAUCUCUCAAAGGCUGGAAGACAAAUAGAGGUCGUUCCAUGGGCUCAGAUAGAAGCCGAUGGUGCCAACACAACGGAACCUGUCCCAGCAGCUACCCAACGCCAGUCGAUCAUCCUCUGUCCUGACGACCCAUAUACACUCGUUUUCUUUGACACACCCUCUGGACAGAUGCAAGCUGUGCGAUUCACACACGAAAACAUGACAUCUGGUGUUGCAGCCAUUCGGUCAUUGUUCCCACCUUCGAUGGCACUGUCUAGUGUCGACACCAUCGUGUCAAACCACUCGUUGAGCACUCCAUAUGGACGUGCUAUUGCUCACACUGCCUUGUAUGAGAACACGAGCUUUGCGACAAUCGACUCAACCAGAAUGUUCGAUAUUGCUCGAGUUGGCGAUAACAAGUCACCGACGGACGACGCACAUUUGCAUGAUCUUGCCGACGUGCUUUCUGCAAGGCGGCACCCGAUUCCCCAGCCGACGGUACUCUUUAUCGGGCCCGGUCACCUCGAGGAUUUGACAUCUUCAAUUCUGAAGCACGCAAGAGAAUCGUGGUUGUAUUCCUUCGCGUGGAGACACAAGUUAGCGGCAUUCGCAGAAGGAUUCCUCAGUAAAGAUAGUCUGUGGGAUCGCACAGUUUUUGACAGUGCGCGGGAACGUGUCUUGGGUGGUAUGGCAAAUGCAUUGAAGGCUGUUAUUAUUAGCGGAGGGCCAAUUUCGAGCGAAGUUCUCACCCCUGCACGCAUUGCACUGUCGCUUCCAAUAAUCAACGUACACGUAAGCCCCUGGGUAAGUGGACCUGUGUUCGCCACACAGGCGCUCGAUGCACAGGUACUUCCCCCGGGAGACGAGCCAGCUCAUGUUGGCGGGCCGAGCGUGAAUGUGGAAGCGAAGUUAAGGGGCGUGAAAGACACAUACUUGGAGAGGGAGAAUGAAGAUCCGGUCGGGGAGAUAGUUGUGCGUGGACCCAGUGUUGGUGUGAGGGUAGGGGAAGAGCCCGGGAACAUGGCGUGGCAGGAAACAGGUGGGGUCGGCCGCGCGAUGACGAAUGGGGCGUUCAAAGUGAUUGGAGUCUGCACUGCAUGA